UAAUCACCAGUAAUGUGGAUAUAAUAACUAAGUGGGUAAAGACAAAUAAUAAAACAGAACAGUCUGGUAAGUUCAUUACCUUACUGUAAUGCAGACUUUAAAACCAGGAAAAGAUAACACUUAUGCCAUAUCACGAUAUUACAAUAUCCAAACUCUAGGAUGAUAUCUCACCUCCUAUCAUGAUAUCGAUAUAAUAUCAAUAUAUUGCCCAGCCCUAAUAGCAACAAUUACCAGAUAGCUUGUAACACUCACUGAAAUAGGCCUAAGUAUUAGUUUUACUGACAACAAAUAAACUUUGAAGAGAUUUGAAUACAGCCCACUUUGCUUACCUUUGGUAAGUGGCCAUAACAUGUAGUGCAUGAGAUAAUAUAGGCCUACUCCUAAUAUACUGUAGGUGUCCUGAUAUAGAAACUAAUGCACUCUGUCACAGUAUUAUAAUUUUGUAUUGUGAUAUGGGCCUACUGUAUAUAAUGAUAGAGUUUAAAUGGCAAAUUAUUGUUUAUAUUUUCUGGAAAGUCAAUUGAGAAACAGUUUAGAUAGUGGUGGAAUAUAAUAAAGUGCAUUUACUCAAGUACUGUACUUAAGUACAGUUUUGAGGUACUUGUACUUUGUGUAUAUAUAUGUAAAAUGAUCAUUUAUAAAAUAUGAACAGUCAUAGAUUGCACUACCCAACAGUAAAUUAUCUCUACCUUGACAACAUUAAAAUUGUGCUUAUGAGUAUCUCUCAAAGAAACAGUAUUGAUACUCCAAUAAUAUGUAUAUAUAUAUGUGUAAAUAUAACACUUUAAACGUACUUUUUAAUACUUUAAGUAGAUUUUGCCAUCAAUACUUGUAAUAAAUGUACUUUUACUUAAGUAGGAUUUUGAAUACAGGACUUUUACUUGUAAUGAAGUAUUUUUUUUGUCAUUGUAGAAUUGCUACUUUUACUUCAGUAAAAUAUCUCAGUACUUCUUCCACUGCUGAGUUUACAUAAAAUUACCAGGUGAGAAUGUUUGUUUUUGGCUAAUCCAGUUAAUUAAAUAGCUUACUUGAAAAAUCAAGGUACAACAUGUCCAAAAUAAUCUUCAACAACCAAAAAUAUAGGUCAUAAAAAAUCAUACAGAAAAACCUCUGAUGGUUGACAAACUUUCUUUCAUCUCAUGGUAUAUAUCAUCAUAUCGCCUAACAGCACAAUAGUAUUUUUCCCUGUAUUGACACACCUCGUCCUGUAAUGGUAACUUAGCCUGAACACUGUGUUUCAGACAGCACUUCUGACAUCUGACAACAUUGCUUUCUAACAACAAUAUGAUUUGAAUGGAAUAUUCAUUGGUAUUUAGUGUACAUCUGUAAUACUAUAGUGGCUGACUGGUGUUUAAUUUGUCUUCACAUAAGAUUUACAUUAAAUAAGAAGCAGCUAUUAAAAGCAUUUGUAACAAAAUGAUAAAUGGUGUAGUGGCGGUUUUGUUAUGAGCAGAUGAUCAAACGUGUCAUAUGCCUCAGCGGUUUAUGAAUAUUCAAAAAUGUCAGCUCGUGUGUGUGUUUUUUUAUUACUUUACACAGCAGAUGCAAUAAGCUGAGAUAAUUGGUGUAGAUCUAAUUUACCAUAUAAAUGACAAAACCUCAGACCACUUAUUUUCUUGAUAAAUUCUUGAUGUAGAUUUUUUUUAAUCAUACAGUAUAUGGAGAGAACUAAAACUGCUUAAAUACAUACUACGUCCCACACAACCACUCUGAUAUAGAAAAAGUACUGUAAAUUUAUGUCAAAUAAACUUUUUCACUGAGAGAACAGUAAUCUUUCACUCAUGUCUUAUUCAUCAGGCCAAAUCAUUUUUUGAGCUCGUCUUAAUUUGUUCAGGUACAGUUGCACUAGAAAAUAAACUGCAGAAUAAAUAUGCUGUACUAUAAUUGUAAUCUGUUGGUUUUAGACAAACCGUGGCUAUAUUUGUACAAUGAUAAAUUAUCACCGAGGGCUUAAAGACUCAGUAAUUUCCCCUGGUGCAGCCAACUAUCUGACCAGUUCUACAUGACUUGUAAUAUCCAGGGGCUUAGUCACUGACCCUGUGACGUGUGAAUGACCUGGGAGUUUAUGUUCCGCGAUCUCAGCCCAAGGGGGGUUUAGAGUCACUCCUGUGUAAAGAGACCUUUGUGGUUGUGGCAUGCGGCAGGGUGGUGCAAGACGGAGCUGAUUUUUCCUCCUGGUGAAAACGUGUCUCAGUACACAGGCUGUUCACCUUUUCAUUACACACUGGUCCACGUCAACAGUGCUCUAUUUGAGCUGUAAUCUUCCCAUUCCCUCUUAGAGAAUUUCACAGGCACUGUCCAACCAUGCCCUGUGUUUAGACUGCAGUCAUUUGGACUGGCUUCUAUGCUCAAAACUGGCUUGGGACAGAUGUUGCGACAGGAUGUGAGAACUGGAUCUCCAGAUGCAUUACACAGAAACUCAAAGAGAUUCAGGCUCAUCAGAAUUCAGAAAAUGAUGGCCAUGUAUUUGCAAGCACUGGCAAGCUUUCAUUUCCUACACAGUGCUACUUGUUUUGUGUCAAACACAUGACUACCUUGCUGAAGUGAGUGAAAAGGUUGGUCUGUUGGUAGUGGCUCUGCUGAUUAAUAGCAGCAGUUUCACUAAUGUGUUGCCCUUGAGGCUAGACCUUCAAACAUUUAACAAUGAUCCAUAAGAAAUCGCAGACACACUCAGGAUUCAGUUUGUGGCACCUGACAGAUCCAAUAAACAAAUGUUUUCACAAACCCAGACGUCUGAUUCAGGAUUUUAAAAAGACCUACUGUAGACAUUUGUUUGCUUACUUGUGUACUUUUUCAGCUCUUCACAAGCAUCUCUUUAAAAUUUCUAACUCAAGCAUUUUUGUGGGCACACAUCAAAAUCACACUUUGCCAAUUUCCCUAAGGGUGGAGACUGUCUCAUUUACUCUUGUUGUGUUAUUGACCUCUUUCACUGGCACAUGAGGUAGGGAGGAUUAUGGUAAAAUCUGAAGAUUAGUAAGGGAUCUGAGCCAAGCUACCAUUAUCUCAAAAGUGAACUAAUCUUACUAAUCUUUCAGGAAUGUGCAAGAUAUUCCCAAAUAUGCAUCAUUAAAUCCACCCUUAUCUUCAUUUGACUACCUGCUGUCUUCCCUCUACAGACUUACAGAAGAACUAAAAGGCCUGCAGGCUCAGAGCACUUCAGUGUAUGACUCCAUGACAGACAAGCUUUUCCCCUUCAUUUCUGUACUGUACAGUUAUACCUCUUAGCAUUUGGACAUGUGUCCUCCUCAGUGUCUGUCAGUAUUUCAGAGGAACAAAGGCAUAUUAUGAGGAAACUGUGAGCCAUUGGCCCAUCACCAGAUGGUCUUCCUUACCAAUAGCCCAUGUUAGUGUUGAAAAGAUCUCCUCCCAGUGUUGACAUGGAAGAGCAGCUGGCAGUUUGGACCACAGGCUGCUCUAAACCUUCACCAUUGGGAAGAAGGAUUAUCAUUCUAAACCAGACAGCUCUGAGUUUUUGAGCAAACUGCUUUGCAUUUUUGGAAUUACAGUUAAUUACAAAACUUUGCUUGAUUGUGGUCUGUCACUUGUUUUUCAUUUGUGCCCUCACAGUUGUUUUUCAGCUCAUUUUUAAAUAACUUAUACUCAGACAGACUCAUAAAUAGUUUCUCUGUGUGCACCAACCUUCAGUCUUGCUUGGUGGGUGGGCAUGUUCCUGAAAUGCACUGGUGCACUUAAAGAUAACAAGGACUUCCUCGUGGGAAUGACUGGAUUAGAUUGCAGAAAUACACACUCAGCUAUUUUCUAUUCUUACCUUGUUAUGUUAUAUUUUUGUCUCUGAGUAAAUUCACUCCAUUUUAGAAUACAGUACAGUGAUGAUGUGGAUGCCUACAAAUAGAGGAAGAUAAGACACACGGGAAGGAAAGGUACUUUGUCUAACCACUACUCUGACUAGGCAUCACAGUGCAGUUUUACAUAUGCAACAAUAGACUGUCAACUUCCCCAUAUGAUGACUACUUAAAACAAAUAUCUUUCAGUGUUACGACAGAAAGAAUUGAGACCCAAGUAGCUGCUCUCAGGCACGCUCAACUGUGCAAAAUGUGUAAAUGACAGGUUGAUGUUCAUUUCAUUUACAGGAUGAAACAUCGACUACAACAGGGAAUACAAAUAACUGGAAGGCUCUUUAAGAAGGCGACUGGAGACUUGUGAGAUUGGCAGAACCUAUUAAGAAGCAGUCUGUAAAAGCACAUCCAGGCACAGCUACAUCUAAGAAUGAGGAUCAAAUACACAAUAUCCAUCGUCUUUUUUGUGGCACUCGUUAUCAUUGAGAAGGAAAACAACAUUAUCUCAAGGGUGUCAGAUAAGCUUACCUUAAAGCAGACCCCCCAGACCCCUCUACAGCCUAGUGGUUUUUCCCACUUACUGCAGAAACACAAUGCUUCCUUCACCUCAUUCAGCAAGAUGAACUCUGCCUUCACACUGAUGAAGCGGCGCCUGGAGAACUACAGCGAGCACCAGGAGGUGAUGACAAAGGGAAGGAAACAUAUCCUCCUCUUAGCCACCACCAGGACAGGUUCCUCAUUUGUGGGCGAGUUCUUCAACCAACAGGGCGACAACAUGUUUUACCUGUUUGAGCCAUUGUGGCACGUGGAGAAGAUGUUAACGUUGGAGACUGGCGGCACCAAUGCUACAGCAGCAGCCAAGGCAUACCGUGACGUGCUCCAGCAGCUCUUUCUGUGUGACUUCUCCCUGCUGGAGAGCUUCCUCGACCCCCUCCCUGUGGAUCACAUCACCACCGCCCUCUUCCGCAGGGAGUCAAGCAGCUCCCUGUGUGAAGAGUCAGUCUGCAGCCCGGUCAUCAAAGGGGUCUUUGAGCGGUAUCGCUGCAAGACCAGGCGCUGUGGGCCCCUGAAUCUGACUUUGGCGUCUGAGUCCUGCCUCCAGAAGGAGCACAGGGCCAUCAAGUCGGUGAGGGUGCGCCAGUUGGAGACCCUCCGUCCUUUGGUUGAGGACCCACGUCUAGACGUGAAAUUCAUUCAGCUUGUUCGGGAUCCUCGGGCUGUACUAGCCUCACGCAUGGUGGCCUUUGCUGCCAAGUACAAGAACUGGAAACAGUGGGCCAUGGAUGGAGAUGUGCCUAUUGAUGAUGACGAGGUGAGAAAGCUGAAGGGGAACUGCGACAACAUCAGGAUGUCUGCAGAGGUCGGCCUCAGACAGCCACCAUGGCUGCGCAGGCGAUACAUGCUGGUGCGGUACGAGGACAUUGCCAGGUUCCCAAUGAAGAAGGCAACCGAGAUGUACAAGUUUACUGGAAUCCCAUUCACUCCACAAGUGAAAUCCUGGAUCCUGAAGAAUACGCAGGCCUCCAAAGAGACAAGUGGUGUUUACUCUACACAGAAAAACUCCUCAGAACAAGUAGAGAAAUGGAGGUUCAAUAUACCAUUCAAAAUAGCCCAGGUUGUACAAAAAGUGUGCGGGCCGACGCUUAAGCUUUUUGGAUACAAAUUUGUGAGCAGUGAAGAAAUGCUAACAGAUAAAUCAGUUAGUUUGAUUGAGGAUAAAGUGUUCAACUUUUUAUAGACUUUGACCAACAUGAACUCUGAACCCUGAUGCAUGAAAAACCAUCCUUCGGAAAACUCUGGAAUGACUGAUAUUUAUUAGGGUCUUUUAUCCUGAUACAGAGAACUAUAUAUUUUCUGAUAGCGUACUAUUUAAAGUUUUUUUACUAUUUAAAAUAGUUUGAUGAAGAAAAUGUAUUGUUGAGCACAAAAUACAUAAAAGCUUUUAACUAUUGAAGCAAGGAUGUUUGAAAUAAUGUUGAAACCUUACAUAUGGGUAUAACAUGGGGAAAAUAGGAAGCUAUCUUUGUUUUUGCACUCCUAACUAUUUUCUCUGUCCACCCCAAAUUAUAUUGUUUGCUUGUCCUGCAAGUCUGUCUCAAAUUUAAUUUCUUAGCAAAUAUAGGAAAGUCCUGGGGGAGAUAGCUAUGGGUUUGUGAACAAUAAUGAGCUGUUUCAAAUACUUUCAAGAACCUCCAUUAGUUAUUUUCAUUCAGCCACUCCUAAGUUAGCAACAUAAGCUGCUUUUAGACCAAAGAAACUUGAAAUGUAAUGUCCAAAAGAAUGAACUGCUUUGUAUAUAAAUGCUCAUGGUAGGAAGAGGAAAUACCAAUGUUUUGCCAGGUAAUUUCUACGUAAGAGAUUAAGAAGUAAUGUUCCAUGCUAAUUUAUUUAUACUUUGCUAAAAGGUCCUUUAACUCCAGCUCUGAAUGUACUCCACAGGUUUUUUUCUUCCCUGCAGGGGUACCUUCCUUGCACACGUACUGUACACUGUAGGUUGCUGUACAUGCAUGUUUGUAAUUGGCCAAAAGUUGUUUGAAGUUGUCCUCAGGACUGUAAGGACCUAUUUUGUAAAAACAGAUGUUUACACUGCUACUGUAUGCAAACAUUCCAACUGCAGCUGGUUUGCAGGAUUGUGCGAGGUUUGUCAGCAAGUCUCUGUCUGUUGACACAAGUCUCUUGGCUAGUGAUAAAAAGAGGCCCUGAUACUCUGGUCUGACAGGCUAGGUGCUGAUGAUCCAGGCUGUUUCUUUUGCAAUUUGCUUGUUACAAUAAACCUGCUUUUACAUUGACUGUAAAACGUCUCAUUUUAGUGAGGACACAAUUUUGACAAUUUUGCAACUGUAGCAAGCUGUUACACACUGUUAUAGCUGUCAUUGUCCUAACUUGUGUGAAAGACUUUCACAUUUAAAUGACAUGAGCACAACUUCUCCAUUUUGUCAUCUUUGUCAGUUAUCUUUUUAACGGUCAUACAGCCUUUUAGCAAAGAUAACGUGAAAGGAAGUAAAUGCAAUGAAAAAGAUACAUACACACACACACACAAACCAGAAACACAAAAAACAGAAGCAUCUUUAAAUAUAAUGCACAAAUGCACAGUAAAAAGCUACCCUGCAAUAAAUAGUACCUCUGUAAAGCUUCUAGAGGAAUAUCCCACUUCACUCAGUGUAAGUGAGGGUCUGCUAAUGACUAAAGCCUGUCUUUGCCAAUGCAGUUACCCUAAACACAUAGACACUACAUUAGCAAAGAGGAACAGUGGGCACAAGUAUACUAGUAUACUCGUCAACACUGAAAGACCCUUCACAAAGUACAGCCUCAAAAAUUACCAAAGUUGAAUCAGUGCCUCCCUAGACACAGUUUCAAACAAGAUGUCUACAACCACACAACAUGGUUAGUGGUAUAAUGUUUAUCAUGUGGACCAUCUUAGUUUAGCACGUUAGCAUGCCAGCAAUUAAUACUAGACAGUACAGCUGUGGCUGAUGGGAAUGUAAUUAGUGAGUAGGUAUUUGGUCAUAAAACAAAGUAUUGCAAAAAUUUCAAUUUUGACCUGAUAAUGGCACUAACUGGAAAGUUAAAUCCAGAGGGGGACAUGAAUGUCUGUACCAAAUUUCAUAGCAAACUAUCCAAUAGUUGUUUAAAUAUUCUACUAAAAUCCUUAGUUCUCUGGGGACCACAAAUAUCUGCACAGACUUUCUUUGCAAUCCAUCCAAUAUUUGUUUAGAUAUUUCAGUUUCGACCAAUAAUAAUAGUAAUGAUAAAGUUUAUUUAUCAAGCAUUUAUCAAAACCAGAGAUUACAAAGUGCCUCACAAGGACAAAAAUGACAAACCAAAAAUCAAACAUAUGCAGGCAAAUUCCACAAAAUUAAGGGAAUAAGGUAAAGAAAAUACAUCUUCAGAAGCAAAACAAUAAAAAUAAGAAUAGGAAAUGUAAAAAAUAUAAUUUAAAAGCCUUUUGAAAGAAAUGUGUUUUAAGAAGCGAUUUAAAAGAAGACACUGCAAGUCUGAGUUCAUCGGGCAGGUUGUUAAUAGUGGUGCUGCCCUAACAGCAAAAGCUCUGUCCUCUUUAGUCUUACAUCUUGACAUGGGAACUGCCAACAGAUUCCUGUCUGAGGACCUCAGACUAUGUGCAGGUUGAUAAGGGGCAAGUAGUUCAGAAAUAUAGUCUGGAGCAAGUCCAUGAAGUGCUUUAAAAGUCAUAAGUAGAAUCUUAAAAUCGAUUCUGUAAUGAACUGGUAACCAAUGUAGCAUGUAUGAUGGUUUCUGUUUCUGAAGCUCAGACAUGAAAGGAUUUUAGCAAUGUGUCUUAGAUGAUAAAAGCAGGAUUGGACAAUCUUACCGACAUGAAUUUCAAAAUUCAGGUUGGAAUCAAAUAAGACACCUAGAUUUCUGACAGAAGACUUAGUGUUGUUGGAAAAGGGGCCAAGUGAGGAUUUUAAAUCUAUAUGCAUAUAAUCAGGGCCAAUGAUAAAGAUCUUACUUUUAUCUGGAUUUAAGUUAAGAUAGUUAGCAGACAUCCAGUUUUUAAUGUUAAUUAGACACUCUUUUAUGGUGGAUAAGCUAGUGGAGUUUUCAGGCUUCACUGGGACAUAUAGCUGCAUAUCAUCUGCAUAAAAGUGGUAGUCAAUGCCAUGCCUAUGAAUUAUAUCACCUAGCGGAGCAUACAUAAUGAAAAAAAAAUUAGUCUCAAAAUGGAGCCCUGGGGCACCCCAAAAUGUAUGGGAAGGGGGUGAAACAUGGUCGCCAAUAGAAACAACACAUUUGAGGUUUGACAAAUAGGAGGUGAACCACUCUAAGACUGUCCCAGAUAAACGAACCCAGUUUUGCAGUCUACUGAUGAGAAUGUUGUGAUCAAUUGUAUCAAAGUCUGUGGACAAGGCUAGUAAAAUGAGAACUGAACAAUCACCUGAAUCAGCAGUCCUUUGCUACUCUAACAAGCACAGUCUCAGUGCUAUGGCAUUUUUUGAAACCUGACUGAAAUUUUUCCCAUAUGUCGUUAUCUUUCAGAGCCUCCAUGAGUUGUAGAGUCACUGUCAGUUUUCAAAUAGUCAGGGAAACAACCAGAGGAUAGUGACAGAUUAAUUAUAGUGAGCAACCAUGGGGCGAUGGCAUCUAAUACACUGUGGAUGAAUUUAGAGGACAUAAUAUCCACUGGACUGGAUGAGCAUCUGUGGUGUUGGUGGUGUGUUGGUGAGACAUAAUGUCUAUAAGUUUGUUUUGGGAGAUGGUGUAAAAUGAUAUAGAGGGGUAUGAUUGGGACAAGGGGCAUCAAUUAAAGAAGUGGGAACUUUCAGCAGGACUAUCAGGAGAGGGUCCACACUGAUUAAAACUGACAGGGUUUAUAAGAUGAUCAGUAGUAUUAAAAAGAACUCUGAGUCUGUGCUUAUUUGGCUGUAUUAAAACAGAAAAAUACAUGGCUCUUGUAUUUUUUACUUGAUCAUCUAAUGCAUUGGUUAUAAUAUUACAUAAUAAUAUAAUAUGUAGACGGUGUGUCUUCUUUAAAAAUGUGAGAAUUCACCAUCCAUAGUUGAUUUACUGACUUACUUUGGAGGACACUAUCAAUACAUAAGUGGUCAGAUACAUAAAGGUCAAUAAAAUUAAAUGUACCAAUACUAAUACCCUGAGUACAAACCAGAUCCAAAAUAUGGCCACGAUAAUGCGUAGGGCUUGUAAGAUGUAAGAUUGAAGAUCAUUAUUACAUUAAAAGGACUUGUUAUAUUUGUAAAUUCAGUGGAAAAAGGAUCUGAUGGAUUGUCUAUAUGAAUAUUAAAAUCACCAGCUACAAUGAUUCUGUCACAACUAAGCAUAAUGGAAGAUAUAAACUCACAGAAUUUAGAUAAAAAUUGUGGGUUAAGUCUAGGCGGAUGAUAGAUAACCACACAGAGAGUAGGGGUUUCACAUUUAAAAAACAAGAUGAGACGGAGGGCAUAAUUCCUGUAUCUGGCAUCAAUCACUAAGUUGCUGCCAUGUUUCUGUUAAAAACAUAAAAUCGAUGUUAUUUGAAGUAAUGAAAUCAAUUGAAGUCUUGUUUGAAACUGAUCUUGCAUUGAAAAGACCUAGUUUUACUGAGGUACUAUGGGGAUUGAUGGAAUGGCUAGCAACAAUACUUAUGUUAAUCAAGCUAUUUACAUUCUUCUUGACCCUUGAGUUAUUAAGUCUGUGUCCCCAUAUCACAGGGAUAGCAGAAACUGUAUUCAGUAGAGGUUUUGAAGCAAGCAGAAUGGGCGCAUGAUUCAGGUGGUAGGAAUGCAGCUCAGAACGCUGGUAAGCGAGACUAUACAGGUAGAGCUUGCUAGAGGGAGAGGUAAUGCAUUUGGCAUGAGUGUCAACACAACAGUUGUUUUUGGCCUGUGGUCAUGAAGUAUGUGGUGGAUUUCAGCUGUCAUUUAUGAGGGGCUGUAUGUAGUGAGUAUGAAAUAAUUGAGGCUAAAACACAGUCUCCCAUGGCAUUUGGAUGAAUACCAUCUUUUCCAAAGAAGGACGCACGCUGCCAGAACAGAUUAAAAUUGUCGAUCAAAACAAUGUUACGUGUCUGGCAUGCAAACUGUAGCCACGUUUGGAGGCUGAGGAUCCUACUGAGCUGCUCAACUGCUCGUCCUAGACUUUGGAUUGGGCCAGAGAUCAGCUACAUCAUGUUUAAGCUGUUCCAACUGUUGUGGUGCUGUAUUGUUUGUGCCGAUGUGAAUUGUUAUGUUGCAGACAUAUGGAUAUUUAUCAAGGAGCUUGGGGAGUUGUUCUGCAAUAUCCAGAAAGAUUGUUGAUAUUUGAACUUAACACCCAGCCAAAAACACCGCACACACUUGCAUUUCCAAGGCAACGACCAAAAGAGAAAUAUGGUGGAAUUCAAAGCGAUGCGUUAACUGUUUGAGUCACUUCUGUUCCUCUCACAAUUUAUGACAAGCAGAAAAAAAAAAUAAUCUCGCGAGCACAACAGUCCAUCCACGCUCUUCGCCCCUCUGCGGCCUCCCCACUUCUCACUCGACCUGCGUUCAGCGUCUCUGUCCAGAAGCAG